AUGACUUCAACCACCACCCUGCAAGACUCAUACCACGCCAAUCUGCGACACCAUUGCCAACGACGACUCACAGCUCUCAUGGCGCAACUACCUUCGCCCAAGGAUAUGACGGCUGUCACGCCAAUUGGGGGGUUUGUGAAGGAUGCGGAGAACAGUCUAGCAGCCAGCGACGAUGUCGUGGAGUCGGGUCCCGCUAUAUCACCGCCUCGUGACUCCGAUGGCUGGCACUCCUUUUCAGGGAAUGACAACGAGAACAGAUAUCUUCGACUACGCUGCAGCGCUACAUUGGCCGUGUUCAAUGCACAAAACCUCACCAUCUCUGCUGAAGAGCGUGCGACGGCAUGGCACAAACUGAUCGAACCAUUCCACAAUAUUGCUGGUGGGACAGCCGCGCCGCUCGUCAAGAGCCCAUUCUACGUGGACUAUGGCAACGUGGACAUAGCGCCAUCUGCUUACGUUCAUCGGAACGUCUAUAUAAGCGACAACCCUGAUCGACAGGCACCAGUCAAGAUCGGUCAUGGUGCUUUCAUAGGGCCCGGCGUCCAGAUCUUGAGCGUCCAGCAUGAAGUAGACUGGCGUAAGCGUGAUGGAGUGAUGGGUCCGGCAUUGGCUCGCCGCACAACGAUUGAGGAUAACGUAUUUGUUGGGGCCGGCGCUUGCAUUAUGCCAGGCGUCACGAUUGAAGAGCGCGCUGUUGUCGGCGCAGGUGCGGUGGUCACGAAGUCCGUACCCGCCAGUCACGUUGCGAUUGGCGAUCCAGCACGAGCGACACGAAAGGUGACGCUGGAUGUUUUCGACGCUCCUGGAUUGUGGUAUGAGCUACGGGAGGAAAAGAUGAUGGUCCUGAAUGACUGCUCGCCGCCACCAAAGCUUCCUUCACGAUCUCGAACUGCACUGGGCUUCCCAGCUUGUGAGUCGAGAUCAGAGACGGCCCUGAAAGUUCACCGUGGGUCCAAAGAUUUCGAGCCCGCGGAGAGUGCUUGCUCGGAUACUGAACGGAUACAGCCAUCACUGACGGAACAUGCUGAGCAGGUUCAAUGGGUUUCGCCACCUGCAGAACCUGAGGAUCGUCGUACCAGAGGCGAAGUCGACGUUGCGUUGUUUCUGAUGGCUGUUGGCGUAGCAGGGUGCAUAGUGCACGCAGUCCUCCACUGA